AGGCCGGCAGCGCACCCCGGAUCCGACAUUAUUCGAGUGAAGGAGCACGAUGCUGCUGACCGUAUUCGCCCUGAUCUCGGCCGUGGCUGUGAGCCGCGGGUCCGCCACCGAGUCGCCCUGCACAGCCCACAUCAGCAGCGAAGACGCGGCGCUGUGGGACGUGUGUAUGAACGCCGGAGACAACUGCUGGGGUAACCAUUCGCUCCCGUGCUGGAAGCAAUCGUGCGACUGCAUGGACCGCGUCACGCAGGACAAGUACGACCAGUACGUGAAGAGUGGACAGCCGUGCCUCGAUGUAGCGUCCAGGUGUGCGAGCGGUGCCAGCUACGAGUGCCAGCGCAGGUGCUGGAGGGACUGGAACAAGUGCGAGUGCGUGAACACGCACCGUCGGCCCGGCGCUGCUGCGGGCUUCAACUUCAGUGAGGGCGGUGCAACAGGUAGCAGCCCCAACACAAGCGGCACCACCGCGUCCACGAGCAGCGCCACCGGGGCCACCGCAACGACGGCAAGCACCGCCAGGGACUGUCGGCUCAGUGCGAUGUGGGACGGCGCGUUCGACUUGAAGCUCGUGAUGACGAUCGUGUCCGUGUCAGUGUGUGUGGCAGCCUUGCUGUGCGCGAUGCAGUACGCGUUGCAAGCCGUGAGGCGGUUCGUGCUCCGGUCGUGGCUGCGGCCCCAGGCCCAGGGUCCAGUCUCAGGAUACCAUAGAAUGGCACCCACUUUUGAACCCACCCUCUGCGGACUCAAAUCACAACCAUCCGCACCGGGGAUUGAAAUCUCGGUAUGAUUCUAGGAGCUUUAUAGUCGAGCAUUACAAAAGGUUCGCUAGUGUUUAUGUUCCAAA